UUUUUGUUUAUGAGCUUGAGCUAAAAUUCCCUGGGCGAAUUGUGGCUGCCAUCACAUGACAAUAGUUUUGAUUACUCUGGAUACCUGCAAGAUUAAUUUUAUAUUUGAUUAAUGAGCACGGCUUACUUCACACAAAUCUUUCAGUGAGGACUCAGGAUGGCCAGUAUGUUUGCAUACCAGAGCUCUCAGAUUGACUGGUGUGAAGACAAUUUUCAGUAUUCAGAGAAAGUUGCUGAGUUUUAUAACAUGAUUAGCAGUGUGAGUUUCUUUAUAUCUUCUCCCAUAAUGAUGUAUCUAUUACAUCCAUAUGCCCAGAAGAGGACCAGAGCUGUGUAUCUCAUCUGGGUCAUGAUCAUGUUAGUAGGAUUUUUCUCUGCAUACUACCACAUGACUCUGAGUUACUUUGGUCAGUUACUAGAUGAAUUAUCCAUCCUGUGGGUGUUAGCGAUUGGUUACAUGCUAUGGUUUCCCAGAAGACACUUACCAACAUUCAUCAAAAGCAGGAAGUCUUUUUCACUGAUUGUCUUUCUUACUGCACUGCUGAGCACAAUCCUGUCGUUAUUUAAAUCUACAGUGAACGCUUAUGCACUGAAUUGUGUUGCCUUACACAUUAUUUAUGUGAUUUCACUUGAAUUAAAAAGAUGUAUAGAUCAAAGAAUAAUCAACCUAGCCUUUGUGACCGUGGGUUGGUGGCUUGCAGCAAUUUCUUGCUGGCUAAGUGAUCGUUUGCUCUGUGCUUUCUGGAGACAGAUAAAUUUUUACUACCUCCAUAGCUUCUGGCAUGUGCUGAUUAAUAUCGCAGUUGUCCAUGGCACAACUCUCUUUGCAUAUUUUGAUGCAUUUUAUGAAAUUCCAGAGACCAACCCAGAGGUGAAAUAUUGGCCCAUUGACUCGCAAUGGUUGGGUCUACCAUACCUUGCAAUAGAAACUGAGGAUCAUCUCCGAAAGUCCUGCUGAUGGGGUUAUGAAUUGUUAAAUGAUACCAAACACUUCAGUGCCUGCAUAUAAUAUAUUUAAGGUGCUACUGUGGGCUUUUAACAAUGGUUUAUGAAAGGACCUAAUUUGAAAUGAAAUGUUUGUCUUUUAUUUGCACAGUUCACAGUAUUGUUGACCAUGCAUUAAUAAAUUGAUAGAAGAUUUGAGUCAAAAUUUAAAAUUUGGAGUACUUACUUCUGUUUUAAUUAUUUCUAAUUUAUUUAUUUUUCUGUAAAUUCAGGUGAAAGCUAGAGGAUACAUUUUUAAAAAUAUUUAUGCCCAAUGUCAGUAUAAUGCACUCCUCAGCAAUACAUGGCAUGGGUUAUCAACAGGUAAAAGCUCCUUCAGGAAGAAUGUGAUAUUCCAGAUUCCUUCUGGACUCUCUGAAGAACAAAUGGCAGGUUAAUAUGAGUUGUAGGUAAUUAGUACUGUGAUCUCCUAUCCAUGAAAAAUUUAGGGGACAAAACCUUUUUUCCCUCAAUUUAAGGAAAGUAUCUAAAUUAUUAUUGGAUAUCUGCUAAUGAAAUUUCAGGGAUGCACAUCUUUUGUAUUGUGUCCCUCCUACAAAAUAGAUUUUGUUGGUGUGAUCAUAUGUCACCGAAUUGCAAUGUGGGACUAAUGAGCUACAAGUAAGAGUAUUGAAAAGUUUUUAUUUCAUUCAGCUAUGGAGUGUGCAAUUCAUAGAAUUAUUGAGUUUAAGGCACAAGAGGAGACCAUUUGACCCAUCUGGACCUACUUACUCUAUUUCCAAACAAAAGCAAAAUCCUGCAGAUGCCGUAAAUCUGAAAUAAAAAUAAAAAUGCUGAGAAUAUUCAUCAGAUCAGGCAGCGUCUGCAGAAGCUAUUUAU